AUGCUUGUGCUGUCAAUUGUGUUCCUUUUGCUUACAGCAAUAGUCAUUAUCCUACGUUGUUUUGUUCGUUUCAAAUAUGCAAUAUUUGGUGUAGAUGACGGUCUUAUGCUUGCAGGCUGGCUACUCCAUGUCGCUCAUGUAGCUGUUAGCAUCCAAGCUAUCUAUGCUGGCUUGGGAAGAAAAGAUACCAGCUUGAAUAGCUACGAACAGAGAUCCAUUCUCAAGUAUACAUGGUUUGGGGAAUUGAUUUAUAUCUUGUCAUUGAUAUGUCUUAAAUGCUCCAUCUGCAUUACCUUCUUGCGAAUUGCUGUCAAGAAAUUCCACCGCAUGAUUAUUUGGGGAACAAUUGUCUUCAUUAUAGGUACUCUUCUUUUUGCCGUUAUUGGGAUGUUUGCUGUAUGCCUCCCCAUAAGUGAUAAUUGGGAUGACUACAACGCUUGUUCGCCAACCUUGAGAACAAGUACUGGCUAUGUGCUGGCUAUCAGUGCAAUUGUCUCGGAUUGGAUAUGUUCGAUCUUGCCUUUUUUCAUGCUGUAUAAGUCUAAUAUGCAGAAAGCAACCAAGAUUUCUGUUAGCAUUAUUCUUGGGCUAGCAGUUUUUGCAUCUAUAUUUACUAUUAUUCGAAUACCCUAUUAUAAGGGUCUGACAAGUCCAGAGAACUUCUUUUAUAAUCUCGCAUAUAUCUACCUCUGGUCGAUGGUCGAAACCAGUGUCGGAACUAUUGCCGGCUCUUUGCACGCCAUACGGAAGUUGUUCAGCUCUCAUUUCCGUUUCGAUACCAGUACAGGCUCUUCUACAGCUUGUGCUACACCAUUUUCUGGGACCAGCCGAGCUGUUAUGACAUCGCAAUCAGUGGCAGCCGGAGAAAGAAGCAAUAAUUGGGAGCGGCUUGACGAUAAUGAAGGUUCGCCUGGUCAAAAGAUUCAUGUUCAGGGGGAUCUAGAGAUGCACUCCUUGGAAAGACCCCAGACGCCCCGGGAUUCAGAUGGAUCCUAUGCGGAUCUUGUGCACCUAUCCCGCGGCUGA